AUGGGGGUGCUCAACGAGUGCUCUGUCUCAUUAUGCUCGUAUCCUGCUGCUCCUGUUUCUGCAGGAGUGUGCUUGGGCAUGCAGCUGGCGGUGUGUGAGUUCGCCCGCAAUGUCCUCGGAUGGGAAGAUGCCAACUCGACAGAAUUUAAUCCAGAAUCCAGUCACCCCGUAGUGAUUGACAUGCCAGAGCACAACCCAGGGCAGAUGGGCGGGACUAUGAGGCUGGGGAAGCGGCGGACUAUGUUCAAAUCCAGCAACAGCGUAAUGAGAAAACUGUACGGAGACGUGGAAUAUGUUGACGAGAGGCACAGGCACAGAUUUGAGGUGAACCCUGAGCUCAAGCACCACUUUGAAGGAAAGGGUCUUCAGUUUGUUGGCCAGGAUGUGGAAGGAGAGCGAAUGGAGAUCAUUGAAUUGGAGAAUCAUUGUUACUUUGUGGGAGUGCAGUACCACCCAGAGUUCACCUCCAGGCCCAUGAAACCCUCUCCUCCGUACUUCGGUCUCCUGCUGGCUGCGGCAGGGAAACUCCCGAGCUACCUGGCCAAGGGCUGCCGUCUGUCUCCACGGGACACGUACAGCGACCGCAGCGACAGCAGCUCUCCUGAAACAGACCUCUCGGAUCUCAAGUUCCUCUCUCUGUCCUGAGAGCCGGCGUGGGAAGCUGGCAGAGAAAAAGGCUGGACUGUUAUUAAGAGAUGAGGCAAACUGUUUAUACCUUCUGAUCUGUUACAUAAUAAUGUAUACAAAAAUACAUUAAGCUUAUAUUGGACGUGUAUACUAAAGGGGUUUUACGCUGUGGGGGGUUGGAGUUGCUUUCAUAAGCAGAAGCUGAGGUGAAGUGUGUGUGUAUAGGAAACUGAAAGGAAACACAUUUUUGAAUACCUGUACAAAUAUAUAUAUUUGUAGAAUGGGAAUCAGCUUGAUGGUAUACAGUCGGCAAAUUUAAAAUCAUAAAGCUUGAGGAAAAAGUUGACAUGGAUAUUAUAUGUUGCUUCUGUUAAGAAUAGAAACUUAGGAAUAAGUUUGAAAAAGCCGAUCAUUUAUUAAUUUGCACCAGCGAGAAAGAGUCAGGGUUCCAGUUCAAACAUCUGUCCUUUAAUUCAAUCAAAUGUAUGAAAACACUCAUAAGAAACAUUAUGUAUUUGUACAAUCGUUAUUUGUAUAGUCAAAAUGUUGCUCGUAGCAUAACAUUUAAACAUUUACUUCUUUGAACAGUGUCUGUUACUUUGUGUCUUGCAAUUGUAUGUGUUGAUGUAUUUCUUCUUUUAGGUUUAAUGCCAGCUUGCAUGUCAUAACUCUCAUUCAGAGUUUCUACACAACAGUGAGUUGGCUUUAUGCCAUUAUGGUUUCAAAUAGUCUUGCACUGUCACUCAAGAAUGAGAUUAAACGUGUUCACAAAGUUAUGUUUGGGUGACUUUGGGGUCUAUAUUUAUGUUUUUGUUGUUGUAUUAAAGUGAUUGUUUAGACGUUAGCAAACACCUUCAAACCCUUUGUAAUGGGUCGUGCACUUUAGGGUGUUAUUUCUUCAAGGUUUCUCAACUUCAACUCACCGCUCCUGCUUGCAUGACUUUUAUGUUUGAGACCUUUUUGCUUGCUGACAAAUAAAGGCUUUGAACUCCAUUGCCUUUUACUGCCAUUUACAAAGUGUACUAAACUGACUUAAUCAUCUGAAGAUCAGGUCCACUUAAAGUGACCUGUUGAGUCAGCUGUUUUAACAGAAUAAAGAAGGCUUGGAUAUGAGAUCUGAUGCUUUAAAACUGAUAGAGAAACCUAAAGAUCUGAUUUCAAAACAUCCCCAACAGCCAACUUUAGAAGAUGUCACAUUUUCGCUUGGAGUCUUGUCAAAUGUAAUGAGCCUGAAUAUCUAAAUCAUUGCUGCCAAUGCUAAUUCUGUUGGAGACCCAAAUGAAAACAUGCUGUAUUUUUAUAUCUAUGAUAGCUCAGUAGCAUGUGUGAUUGUGUGUUCAUUCUGAAUAAAUAUAUUUGUAUUCCUCUCGA